AUGAUCAGAAAAAGAACAAACGAUAGGAGCACCAAUCGCAAGCAGCAGUCAAGCCUAUGGCAAAACUGCACAAAUCUUCGUGCUCUAAAGAAGAUCCACGCAACCCUUAUAGUCAAAGGGUUCAAUUCAAAUCGAGCAGCCCUCAGAGAGCUCAUAUUUGCUGGUGCUAUGACAAUUUUUGGUGCUAUAAACUAUGUCCACCAAGUGUUUGCUCAAAUUACUGAACCAGACAUUUUCAUGUGGAAUACAAUGUUGAGAGGCUCAGCUCAAAGCCAACAUCCUUCAAAAGCAGUUUUUCUUUAUACCCAGAUGGAGAAUCGAGGUGUAAAGCCUGAUAAGUUCACGUUUUCUUUCUUGCUUAAAGCUUGUACUAAGCUUGAACGGAGAAAGACUGGUUUUUGUGUUCAUGGGAAGGUUUUGAAAUAUGGAUUUGAAGUAAAUUUGUUUGUUAGAAAUUCCCUUAUUUAUUUUCAUUCUAAUUUUGGGGAUUUGGGGAUAGCUAGAGCGAUUUUUUAUGAUUUGCCGGAAAAGAGUGUUGUUUCUUGGUCUGCUUUGACUGCAGGGUAUGUGAGGAGAGGAGAAUUGGGUGUGGCUAGGAAGCUUUUUGAUGAAAUGCCAGUGAAAGAUUUGGUUUCUUGGAAUGUGAUGAUUACAGGGUAUGUGAAGAGCGGGGAGAUGGCAAGUGCAAGGACACUCUUUGACAAGACUCCUGAAAAGGAUGUUGUGACUUGGAAUACGAUGAUUGCUGGGUAUGUCCUCUGUGGGGAGCACAAGCAAGCACUGAAGAUGUUUGUGGAGAUGAGGAAUGUGGGAGAGCGGCCAGAUGAG